GUUUAAGCAAAGCAUUUGAAUUUGGGAGUUCAGGAGGGGGACGGUCCACCAGUACCGUAGCUUCUUCCUCUCCUUGCCUCUUAUUCAUCCUAUUAUGUACCAAGCCUCCUCUGUCGUCUAACACGGAUGAUCUUGAAUCCAGAUCUCUCCCAGCUCCUAGCCCUAUGCUUUGUCCAUGACUUUCUGAUCUCAACCUUCUGAUAACGAUGAUGAUGAUGAUAAAGCAUGUUUGAACUUUUCUGAUCUGAUUUGAAUGUUUCUGCUUUGAUCUGAAUGUUUCUAAUUGCGAAAGACGUGAACAUGAGAAAGACACUGCCCUACACAUGACUGGCUGGCUGCAGGUAACAAACAUCUUCCAUAAUCCCAUCCCUCUUAGAGAUUUGUGCAUAUAAAAUAAACACGGGAAAAUAGAAACAGCUCAAGAACAGAAUGCGCAUUAUGUUCUCUGAUAUAUAAAGCUUUCAUAAUCACCCCAUCCUUAUAAGCUUUAGACAAUCCUUGCGGAUUUUAAAUUGUGAAACACUCGAAGACGCUGUGGACUUGGAGUGGUGGCAGCCAUAUUUUAUUUUAUACUUCCCGUCAAAGACAUGGCUCGUUCCCCUGGCCAUCUUUCAUCCGGGGUGACUAUAUGCCUGCAAUGUGGCGACCAGGGAUUCAAUAAUGCUUUUGUCUUCUGUGUCAAGUGUCUGGAGUUUGCUGUGCAUCGGUACUGCCUAGAUACCAUUCCAGAAACUUUUGAUGAAUUUGUGAGAUGGGUUUGUGACGAGUGUAAGGUGAAAGAUCCAAACAAACUCCUUGUCCAAAACCCUGAAGGCAACCAUAAUGUUUCUAAAAAAGCUAAGGAGAAUAGAGAUGAGAGUUUUAUGAUCUCCCAGCAGAUGCGUGAGGAAUGUGCUAAGAUUGACUUAGCAAAAGCAUCUAAGCUUGCAGGUGAUAGUUCAGUUGGGGAAGUGCAUGAGGGAGAGAAACAUCAUACAACUUCCAUGUUAGUCGGGGAAGAUGGACGAAGCAAUGGAUCCUGUGUUGAGUACUUUGAUAGAAGUACACAGGAUCAUCAACCAUCUGGAGGGCGUCCCGUUAGUGAAAUUAUUUGGGAGGGAUGUUUCAAAAUAUGCAACAAAGAUUAUGAGAUCUUUGACGGACUUGUAGCUCAUUUAUCAGUUAAAGCAUCUGAGAAGGUUUACAAGGAAGCAACUUUAUUUCCACCCAUGCUUAAACUAGAAAUGCUCCCCAAAGCUGCUGUUUGGCCUAACAGCUUCCGUACUUCAGGGCCAACAGAUCAAAACAUCGCAUUGUAUUUCUUCCCGGCUAACGCAAAAUGCGAAUGGAGUUUUGAUUAUUUAGUGGAGAUACUAAUGCAAGAGGAGCUGGCAAUGAAAACCACAUUGACGAAUGCUGAGCUUUUGGUAUUUACUUCCCAAGAACUGCCACUGCAAUACUGGAGAUUCCAAGGGAAGUAUUAUCUGUGGGGAGUAUUCAGAGGAACGCCAUCAAGGAAUAGUGAUAUUCCUCCUUCAAAGAGGCGCAGAUAACAUCAACACUAUCCAUCAUUGAAAUGCAGUGUAGACUGAUUUAUCUAAACAAUGUAUUUACUCCGUAUUUACUUUUUCUCGAUUGUUUAAAAUUAAUAUGUAAAAGGAUUUACUUAUGUUGUGAAGGUUAGGGCUUCUAGGGCGAGGAAUGCAGUGUAGACUGAUUUAUCAAAGAAUGUAGUUAAAUGAUCGAGAGUGACAGUAAUAAUACCUUUUGGGUAGUUAUAAUCAUCCUACGUAGAUGUUACUCCGUAUACUCGAACAACAUCCGCUUCACUCCUUUUUGCUUCUUUUGAGUAGUAUCUUCUCUUGCUUUAUCCUCU